AUGGGCUUUAUUGAGUUCCACCGUGGCAAGCUCUGCGUGGGCAUACGCAGAGCCGACUCCCUCAGAGUUUGGGCCAAGCCGCAGUUUGAGGACGGUGGCGCAAUCGUUCAGGACGACGACGACACCAUUGUACCAGACCUCUUCAAGUUCAAGGUGCUGGAGGGGCAACGCCGUGAGCCCAUGCUGUCAGAGGUCAUCUGGCUUCCUCACUUCAAUCCUCUCUACUUCGAUGCGGACGACAAGAAGUCAAGAGAAAAGAAGCAAAUGCAAUUCAUCGGGGAUGCAUGGAAGUAUCUCGAUGAGAAUGAUCCAGAGGAGGUUCGUCGGAUGGAGCAGGAGCUGGAGCAGCCUGAAUAUCGCAAGUGGCAGACUUGGUUUGAUGAGGCAAAGGUCUUCAAGCGAAGGCAACUGAGGAACAGACAGGGCAGGAGGAACAGACGCGUUCAACAAGCUCAAGAUAUUGCACAAGUGGUUGGCGGAGGGGCGGACGAGAUCGAGGUCAAUUCUGACAGCUCUGGCGUAGACUCUACUUUCGGGGAUGACACGGCACCUGUGCGUGCGAGGAAGAAACGCACGCGGGGAGUGAGUGCGGAUAUGCCACCACCAUCUCUCUCCAACGGACGCAGAGGCGGCGGAGAUGAUUCAAGUGGGCCAGCAAAGAAGCGUGCUAAGCCCAAGCCGAAGCCGAAAAAGGGCAAGAACCCUGCAGGCCACGAUGGUGGCGACGACAACGAACCUCUCGUUUCUGGAGGACUGCCGCCAGGGAUUCAUCACUUCGCGAACACUGGCCGCGAUUUCAUGAUGGAAGGAGUAGAGGAAUUUAGCUCCGCAUCUGGCGAGCAUUCAAACAACGGAGUUGGAUUGCGGUCGUGGCAAUCGUCUGGACAGCCCACUCCAGAUGUAGAGUUCGACUUCAAUGAUCUGACUAACUUCAUGGACUUCUCUACUCCGGAGGCUCCUCAGAGCCGCGCCCAUACUCCAUCGGGCAACACUGGCAGUAAGCUGUUCGUGACGCCUAUCCAGACGCUUGGGACGUCCGGCCAUCAGAGUGCAUCGCCCUCUCGGGGCCCACGGUCUACGAUUAGUUCCCACUCCAACCAUAGCAACGGUCUUUCUGGCUAUGGAGCUCGCCUAAACCCUCAGGGAACAGCCUCGCGAAGCAGUCCCAGCAACAAAAACAGGCCCAACGGCCACUUGCAGUCUCCCGCUCGCCACUUCCAGCGUGCAGGCUCAAUGAUGAGCGACGUUGAUCGCAGAAAUUGUGGCAUGACGGAUGCUGAUGCGAUGGAACGUGCAGUGAAAGCUUCCAAGGAUCACGACGAGUUGAUCCGUCGCCAAAGACUUGAGAGCCUUGCACGAGCCGAGCAGCAACAGACAGCCAACCAGGAUCCGCCUCUUGACGAACAUCAAGCUCAAGAGGCAGUAUCGCACCCAGAGCGCGAAGCUGAGUCACAGCCACCCGGCCAAGAACCAACUGUUGGCAGUAGCCAACCCGAGGCAGCACAGCAAACGGAGCGCGAAGCUGAUCAGCAGCAACCCAAUCAAAAUCCGCCUGCUGGCGACAAUGAAGCCGAAGCAGCACAGCCCGAAGUGCAAGAACCUCCAGCUGGACCAGAAGAGCCAAAUGCGGCCGCUGCUGAUGAAUCCGACGAUGAGGACUUGACCGGAGACGACUGA